CUCAAAGACUUGACUGAAUCAUUCUUCAGACUUUCACUCUUUCCAUACCUUCGCGGCACAUCUCUAUUUUUGAAGCACCGCUUCCGCAACCUGCGCCCAGAUUCGCAUCAUGUUGGCGUCUCGAGCUGCGCGCAACUGCGCGAGCUCCACUAGAUUUGGAGCUGCCCAGCUGGUUGCAAUCCCUAGAGGAGCAGCAAUCGCCAAGCCUCAGGGCAUGAGCACUUCUGCCAUCACUACUCACACGAGCCAGUCGCAACAUCUGCGCUCCUGUUCAGCCGCUCCAAAAGGCCUCGCUUACCGAUCGAGUGCCUUUCACAGCUCGGGCGUGCUCUCCUCAAAAGGCGCAUGGGCUGCAAAAGGGCCCAUCUCGUAUGAAGAACUCAAGCCUCUGACCCAAGCUCCGCCCCUGGACCUGACCAUCAUCGAUGUGCGCGAACCUGACGAGGUCCAAGCUGGAAUCAUCCCCUCUGCGGUGAGCGUGCCGUUGAGCCAAUUCAACGACGCUUUCGACUCCAAUAAGGGCGCAGACUUUAGGAAGCAAUAUGCAUUCGAUCGACCUGCAUUUGAUGACAAGCUGGUCUUCUACUGCAGAAGCGGUAAGCGCUCUCAGCAAGCUCUCGAGUUCGCACAGAAAAACGGCUGGAACAACGUACGGAACUACACCGGCUCAUGGCUCGACUGGGUCAAGCAGGAAGAAGGUGGAAAGUAGCAGUUGACAUUGAAGGCUGCCGGAGCUCCAGCUGAAAGAAUUCUCGAAGCUGGUCAAUUUUGAUCAUAGGCAUUGACUCUCGCGCAAUCACACGCUGACGGCAGCUGCUGCAGCUUCCGCACCCGAUUCCUGAACCCCCUUUGAGCAAGAGCCUUGCGGCGACUGCAUCC